AUGCUCAAAAAUUUUGCCAGAAAAUUACCAUCCUUUGCAAACAAGAGAAAUUUCACUACUGAUCAAUUUAAAGUUUUGGAUUUAGAGAAAUCUCAUUUUCCUUUAGUUGCAACAGUUUUUGGUGCAACUGGUUUUACUGGUAGAUAUAUUGUUCAAGCACUCGCUCGUACAGGUGUUCAAGUUGUUGUUCCAUACAGAGGUGAAGAUUGGACUUUCCGUGAUCUUAAAGUAUUAGGUGAUAUAGGUCAAAUUAUUCCAGUUCGUUAUGAUAUUAGAAAUGAAGAAUCAAUUGAAAGAGCUAUUUCACAUUCAAAUAUUGUUAUCAAUUUAGCUGGUCGUAAUUAUGAUACUCGUAAUUUUAGUCUUCAAGACAUCAAUGUUGAUGCUGCUGAACGUAUUGCUAGAAUAAGUCAAAAUGUUGAUAGAUAUAUUUACGUCUCUGCAUUAAAUGCUUCAGAAGACGCCUCAUCAGAAUUUGCUCGUACCAAAGCCUUAGGUGAAAAAGUUAGCAGAAAACACAACCCAAAAGCCACCAUUGUAAGACCAUCCAUUAUUUUUGGUGAUGAAGAUAGAUUUAUUAAUAAAUGGUCCAAAGUUUCUCAAAACUGGCCAUUCAUCCCAAGAUUUAACUCUGAACAUAAAAUCCAACCAUUACAUUGUUCCGAUUUUGCUAAAGGUAUUUUAAGUACCAUUGAAAACCCACAAGCUGUUGCAAAAACUUGCGAAUUUGCUGGUGAUGAAACUUUCACUUGGGACCAAUUUUUAGAUAUGAUCAUUGAAGGUACAGCUCAAUAUGAUAGAUUAAAUUUACCAGUAUCAACCGAAUUUAUGAAAAUGGUUGCUGGACCAAUGGAACAAUUCUCUCGUGAUCCAAAUUUCAUUGUCGAUGAAAUCGAUUACCACAACCAAGAUUUAGUUGUUGUUCCAAAGAAAGACGUUUUAACAUUAAAAGAUUUUGGUGUUAAAGCCACUCCAAUCCAAGAAAAAUUAAUUAGACUUUCUAGAAUGUAUAGACCAAGUAAAUUCUUUAAUGCUAUUGCCAACCCACAAAACAAAUAAACAAUUCAAAUAAUAAUAAUAAUAAUAAUAUGAUGAUGAUAAUACUAUACUAUACUAUUUUUCUUUAUAAAUAAUAAAUAAUUUAUAUAAAUUUU